AUGACGAAUUACUUUACAAUGGAUGGGACGGAUUCAACGAAUUUCCAGAAGGAGAUAUCUGGUAUGAUGCACGGAUUUGGCGACAAUCCGAACCCGAAUGCAGCCACCGUUGUGUUGGUCGAAAGCAUUGUUCAACAACAACUGAAGUUUAUGAUUCAAGAGGCCCAUCAACACUGCAACCUGCGCUGCGGUAAGGCUAUAACUAACUACGAUAUUAUUUACCUCAUGAGGAAGAAUAUCAAGAAGCUAAAACGCCUGCAUGACUAUCAGUUAAAAUUAGAUCAAAUUGACAAGAAAUGUAUCUUGAACAUCACUACGCAAGCUGAAUCCCUGAUCACAGGCCUGCUGGAAGACGAAAAAGACCCGACUGUAAAGAAACGCAGAACACACAUAGACUACAUCAGGGAAUUUGAUGAAGCUGAUGAAGUAAGCCAGAUUAAAUUUGAUUCCAUAGACUACAUUCGAAAAGUUCGUGCUGCUAAAAUCACUGAGUCUAUGACUUUUGAGAAGUAUGAGGCUUACCACAAAGCUAGGUGCUUGUCAUUCCGUUCUGGUUAUGGAAUAGGAAGAGGUUUUGUUAAACUUGAGCGCUGGCUGAAUCCUGUAAAGGAAUUCAAGCUAACGCAGUCAGCUCUAGAGGUUUUAGGCUUUGUGGCUUAUGAAACAGUUGCAGAAAUUGUGGAUGGAGUCUUCUUAAUCCGCCAAGAUGCGAAGAAGAAAAGCGGAGAUCCUUUUAGCAAAUUCGAAGGUGGUUAUUUCUGUAAUCCUGUCAGCUUGAGUAAUGCUGUGUACAUUAAAUCUGGGUAUGAAGGAGUGCCAGCAAUAACCGUAGCAGAAGUCAGAGAGGUGCUACGAAGAUAUUACUCUCCGAGAAUGGGAAUGAAUGGAUUGUUCUAUAGGAAUAUGAGCUUGGAUUUGCCAAUUCGGUAUAUAGCAUUGUGA